UUCAGCUGUUACGCUUUCCCCAGACCCCUUGGCUUUGUUGUGCUGCGUGUCUGAAUAGCAGGAGGGGGUUAGCCGGUCGCCGGCUCAGAAAGCUCUUCCCAGCAGGUCACCCCAACCCACCCACGCACUCCCGGGCCAGGAAACGCGCGCGGGGCUAAUGGAGGCGGAGAAGCGGGGCUGAAGGUUUGCAGCAGCGCUGGGGGUGACAGGAGGCAGCCGAGCGCUCUGCAGCUUCGCGUGUCCCACCCCAGGUCCGGCAGGGGCCCGACAAUGGAGUGUUGCCGCUGGACAGCCGCUGGCACCCUGCUUCUAGCCUCCCUUAUCCUGAGCUCCAGAACAGCUCGCUCAGAGGAAGAUCGAGACUCACUGUGGGAUGCCUGGGGCUCAUGGAGUGAAUGUUCACGCACUUGUGGAGGAGGGGCUUCAUAUUCACUGAGACGCUGUCUGAGCAGCAAGACCUGUGAAGGACGAAACAUCCGGUACAGGACAUGCAGCAAUGUGGAUUGUCCACCAGAAGCAGGUGAUUUCCGUGCCCAGCAGUGCUCUGCUCACAACGAUGUCAAGUAUCAGGGACAGUUUUAUGAGUGGCUUCCUGUCUCUAAUGACCCUGACAACCCAUGCUCGCUGAAGUGCCAGGCCAGAGGAAUGGCUCUGGUUGUGGAGCUGGCACCAAAGGUUCUGGAUGGGACCCGGUGCUACACUGAAUCCCUGGACAUGUGCAUCAGUGGCUUGUGCCAAAUCGUUGGCUGUGACCGCCAGCUGGGAAGCACUGCCAAGGAAGAUAACUGUGGGGUCUGCAAUGGAGAUGGGUCCACCUGCCGGCUGGUUCGAGGCCAGUAUAAGUCCCAGCUCGCAGCAAACAAACUAGAUGAUACAGUGGUUGCUAUUCCCUAUGGAAGCAGGCAAGUUCGCCUCGUGCUGAAAGGACCUGAUCAUUUGUAUUUGGAAACCAAGACUCUCCAAGGUUUGAAGAGUGAAAACAGUCUCAGCACCACGGGCUCCUUCCUUGUAGAAAAUUCUAGCAUUGACUUCCAGAAGUUUCCUGACAAGGAGAUACUAAGAAUAUCUGGGCCUCUCACUGCAGACUUCACUAUCAAGAUUCGUUACGCUGGUGCUGCUGACAGUUCAGUUCAGUUCAUCUUCUAUCAACCUAUCAUUCACCGAUGGAGGGAAACUGACUUCUUUCCUUGUUCGGCAUCCUGUGGAGGAGGUUAUCAACUGACAUCUGCUGAGUGUUUUGAUCUGAGAAACAACCGGGUAGUAGCAGAUCAAUACUGUCACUAUUAUCCUGAAAAUAUCAAGCCAAAGCCAAAACUUCAAGAGUGUAAUCUGGAUCCUUGUCCUGCAAGUGAUGGAUACAAGCAGAUCAUGCCCUAUGACCUCUACCAUCCCCUUCCUCGAUGGGAAAGUACACCCUGGACUGCCUGUUCCUCAUCCUGUGGAGGGGGCAUUCAAAGCCGUAGCAUCUCAUGUGUGGAAGAAGACAUUCAGGGGCAUAUCAGCCCUGUGGAAGAAUGGAAAUGCAUGUAUACUCCAAAGAUGCCUGUUGUCCAGCCUUGCAAUAUAUUUGACUGCCCAAAGUGGCUUGCUCAGGAAUGGUCUCCGUGCACCGUGACCUGCGGACAAGGACUCAGAUACCGCGUUGUCCUUUGCCUUGACCACAGAGGAAUGCAUACAGGAGGCUGUAGUCCUAAAACAAAGCCACACAUAAAAGAGGAAUGCAUUGUAUCCACUCCUUGCUACAAACCCAGAGAGAAACUUCCUGUGGAAGCAAAGUUGCCAUGGUAUAAGCAGGCUCAAGAGCUGGAGGAAGGAACAGCUGUAUCUGAAGAGCCAUCGUUUGUUCCUGAGGCUUGGUCCACCUGUAGUGUCACCUGUGAAGUAGGGAUCCAGGUGCGGCUUGUGAAAUGUCAAGUGCUCCUCUCUUUCUCCCAAUCUGUGGCUGACUUGCCCAUCGAUGAAUGUGAAGGUCCCAAACCUGUGUCUCAGAGAGCCUGUUACAGUGGUCCCUGCAGUGGGGAGGCAACCGAAUACACCCCAGAGGGGACUGAGUUUCUGUAUGGCAGCUUGCAGGAGUUUGAUGAGCCCUAUGACUGGGAAUACGAAGGCUUUACGGAGUGUUCAGAGUCCUGUGGAGGAGGUGUCCAGGAGGCUGUAGUGACCUGUCUGAACAAACAAACCAGGGAGACUGCCAAUGAAACACUGUGUGUAACCAGCCGCCGUCCUCCACAGCUACUGAAAGCCUGUAGUGUGGACCCGUGUCCCCCAAGGUAG